AUGGCUGAGGCAGUGAAGGCUUGGACAUUCACCCAAGGGGGUUAUCCGGAGGCACUGCAACAGUCGAGCCUACCAGGUGACACAGGACCACUCAAAUCCUCAGAGAUUCGUGUCCGAGCUCACGCCGCGUCCAUCAACCCCGUUGACGUCCAGCUAAUGGGACUUCCUUUGUGGCCGUACCUCCCAAGCUUCAUCAUCGCCCUCGAAAAGGGCGUAGGCGAGGACUUCUCGGGUGUGGUGCAGGACGCAGGCAAGGACUCGGGCUUCAAGCCUGGUGACGAGGUGCUCGGGAUCGCCCCCAUCCUCCCGGGGGGCACUCUGCAAGAGGUCAUCAGGCUCGACAUCAAGACGUCCGUCGUGAUCCCCAAGCCCGCUGACUGGUCCUGGGAACAGGCCGCCGCCCUCCCGCUCGUCUGGCUCACGGCGCGGACCGUGAUCGCAGAGGUCGAGCACUACGUCACGAACGGCAAGGUCGCGGUGUUGGGCGGUAGUUCAAGUACAGGCAUGUACAUUGUGCACCUUGCGAAGAGCCGGGGCUGGACGGUGGCCGCCUCUUGCUCUGGCCGCAAUGCGGACUUCGUCCGUAGCAUGGGUGCGAGCGACACGAUCGAUUACACAACCACGAGCGUGCCAGACCGGCUCAGGAGCUUCGCGCCCGACGUCAUUAUCGAUUGCGUUGGCGGGACAGAGUGUCUUGGCAUAGCUAAGAGAUAUGUCACUAUCGUCGGUGAUAAAACUAACCGCAUGUUGAUGGGCGGCAGGAGCAUCUACUUAUGGAACCCUCAGAUGGCACUGCGCGCGCUGCUCGGGAGGGCAGGUCUCGGCCCGUCGUAUGCUUGUGUCAAUCUUGAGUUCAAGUAUUCUUAUUUGGAGGAGAUCUUGAGUCUUCCCAAGGACAAGAUAAUUAUUGAUAGCACUUUUAACUUUGACCAAGCCCGGGAAGCGUUUGAGAGGCUGAAUACUGGGCGUGCGAGGGGCAAAGUCGUGGUUAAAGUCGCUUCUUAA